CUGACUGUCGACCUGCUAGAGGAGCGCCUUGCUGCAGCAAAGAAGAGUACCUUAGCUAUAGGUGCUUCUCGCGGCGACCGUCACACCCCCUUCUUUGAGGGGUGUUCCCCUGUCCCCCUUCUCCCCUCUGUUGCUUCUGCUGCUGCUGUCGACCUCGUUGGCACUAAGGAGGUCGGAGCUACGUCUGCCCCUAGUGGGAGACGCCGCAACAGCAAGGGCAAGGGGAGCAAGGGUGGUGGAGGGGGCGGCGGGGGAAGCAGUGGAGGAGGUGGAGGCGGCGGAGGAGGUGGCGGUGGAGGUGGGGGUGGUACCGGGAGUGGGGGCGUCGGUGGCGGCGGUGGAGGUCGUGGCGGCGGUGGCGGAGGUGGUGGAGGCAGCGGCAGCGGUGGUGGAGGUGGCGGCGGAGGUGGUGCUGGUCGAGGUGCAGCCGCGCAGCGUGGAGGCUUUGGUGGCAGCCAGCGCCAGCAGCAGCUGCGCACCCGUGAGACCCCGUCGGUUCAGCAGCUUCGUGAGUGGUACGCUGGGCGUGGGAGGUCUGGGGGUGCAGGUCCCUGCACUUACGUUCUUCGCACCGGCACUCGUAGUGGGGAGUGCUGA